UGCGUAUCGCGCAACCUUGCGCUGUUUUGUUAUGAUAAUAAAAAGCCGGAAAACUUAAUAAUGUUAUUAUUUUAUUGUGUUUCGUUUCAGUUCUAGUCAUUUUCUGGAUAACUGACCAAUACAAAAACCAUGAAUAUCUCUACAGGAAAUGUAUCUUACACCAUACCGUUAGAAGAACUGGACUUAUCACAUCUGCAGAAAUACAUGGAAAGGUCAAAUGAUGGGCCGGUGAAACUCUGGUCUAAUACACAGUUGAACGGAGACUCGGAGUAUUGUCAAGUCAAAAUUGUAUCUAAAGAAGUCAUGGGGAAACCUGAGAGAUCUUAUGAGGUGAAGAUUGUGUCUAAGGAAGCUAUAGGGAACCCUCAUAAAUCUUCAUCCACACAGACAUACCUCUGCUCCCUAUGCAACAUCCAAGUGCCAAUCAGAUGCCACAUAGCCCACAAGCGGAGCACACAACACAACACAUAUAGAAACAUAUGCAACACCGUCCUACAAAGAGUGAAAAAUGAAAUCAACACAGAAAAUAUCACAAGUACGGAGAAACUACUCGAUACUGAGUAUUACUGCGAUGUAUGUUGUAAAAUAAUACAAAUUGCUGAUAAAUUACACCACGAAACGUCAAAAGAACACUUAAAUUCUAUGGAGAACUUCGUUAUAUUGAAUAAAUUUAAUAAUUUAUUCAGUUUUAGUGAUAAUGAUGAUGAGGAUGAUAAUUAUGUUACUGACAGCGAUGACGAUUAUAAUGCUGAUAGUGAGAGAGUGGAGAUAGUUCAUGGUACCAAUGAUGAUGGCAUUACAAAAACAAUUGGGAUAGUUCAAGGUGGUAAUGAUGAUGCCAUUACAAAAGCAAUUGAGGUAGGUCAUGAUACCAAUGAUGAUGCCAUUACAAAAACAGUGGGGAUAGUUCAUAGUAACAAUGAUGAUAGCAUUACAAAGUUUAAUAACGAUAAUGAUUGUAACGGAGAUGCAAUUACUUAUAUUGUUUGUCAUAAUGAUGAUGAUGAAACGACAGGUAAUAAAAUAAAUAAUGACUGCAACGGAGAGAUAACGGAUAAAGAUAACAGCAGAGACUCAAAUGUAUUUGAACAAGUAAUUAAUAGUAAUAAAUUUUAUGAACGAGAAUCGCCUAAAUGUAUUGAAAAUAACACACCUAAAGUUGCUGAAGUUAAAAUUGAUAUUGACUGUCAAAAUUUUGAUGUAGGAAAUAAAACGAAUGGCGUUUCUGCUGACAAUAAACUUGAUAUUGACUGUCAAAAUGGUGAUCUAGAAAUUAAAACUAAUGGCGUUUCUGCUGACAAUAAACUUGAUAUUGACUGUCAAAAUGGUGAUCUAGAAAUUAAAACUAAUGGUGUUUCUGCUGAUAAUAAAAUUGAUAUUGACUGUCAAAAUGUUGAUUUAAGAAAUGAAAGUAACAGUGUUUCUGGUGAUCAGUCGCCAAAUGAGUUUCUGAAAGGAAUUAAAAAGACUGCAGACAAAAUAGAUGAUCAUAACACUAAAACAUCAAACCAACCAAUUUCUCUGAAACAGAAAUUUAUUGAUUUCAAAAAAUAUUUAGAACAAACUACAACAAACACAACUUUUAAAACAGAAAAUCAGGAAAAUGAUCUUCAAAAAACUCCAAGCGCAAUCAAUAACACAGAAUUACACACAGAAUUGAACAAUAAAACUGAAAAUCAAAGUCAAAAUCAACAACAAAAAUUCAUCGCAGCAACAACUACUAACCAAUUAACUGAUAUACAACAGUUAGAUGUCAGAAUUUCACCUGAAACAAUGAAUUUUGACAGUUAUUUAAAGAAAAUAACGAACAAAUACAAUUUGAAUCCCAAAAUUGACACGGACGGCGACUAUGUGGUAUUGGAAAACAUUAAAAAUGUCAAAUUCAAAGUUUUACAGCAAAAUUUUCAUAGCUACAAAGUGAUUUGUAGUAAGAUCUAUUGCCAACUUUGCAAGUUUUGGAUCCAGGAUUUUGCAACGGAUCUCAAUUCGCAUGAAAUGUCUGAGAGGCAUGUCAAAUUGGUACUCUUGCCCGCGAAUGAGAAUUUUUUUAGAGAGCUCACAUCUCUAAACCCAAGCCACGAGCGACAGCCGGGCCACUGCAUCGUAUGCAACGAAGCAGUAUUACUCGACUCUCAAUACCACAUUACUAGUGCAAGACACAAAUACACUACUAACAAAGCUAUCAUAGAAACACCAAAGAACUUAUCCCCAACCAAUGUUCUAUGUCUAUCUUGUAAUGUACAUGUCCCAUUUCCAAAUUACGUACAACAUUUAAACUCAAGAAGGCAUGUCAAAACCACUCGUGUUCAAAACCAUAUAUUCAAGAAAGAUACAGAUUUAUACACUUGUAAUCUAUGUGAGGUUGUAUUAGAUGCGAAUUCUAUAAAACAGCAUAUGAAUGAAAAGGGGCAUGUUGAUAAAAUGGAACAAAUGUCUUCAGAGAGAGAGUUUUGUAAAACAUAUGGAUUAAAAUUCGAUACUUCUCUCGAAGGUAAGUAUAGGAAGUUUUAUACAGACACUACUAUUAAAAAAAACGAUGUCAACUUAAAGGAUAUUGAUUUAGAAUAUGAUUCGGACGAUAGUUUAAAGGUCCAAGAUUAUAAAACUCAUUUAAAAGUAUUAGGUAAAAAUAAAACGGUUUGCACGCUAUGCAAAAUUGAUUUAAAGAAGAAAGAAAAAGCAAUUACUAAGCACAUGACAAGCAAGAGACAUAUAGAAUUAGACAAAAUGCUGCUCUACAAUUUAUUUGUAAAAUAUUGUAAUGAUAGUAAAAGAAUUAAGUGCGAAAUAUGUCCCAUAGAACUACCAAAUAAGAAUAAAAUAAUUAUCGAUCAUAUGGAAAGUGAACUACACAAGAUGUAUGAAAAAACACUAUUUGACUUUCAUCGCAUUACAAAAUACGAUCGCCGGUAUUCAUGUAGCUACUGCAAUGAACACAUGGUUGAUGUAUUAGCACACAUCUAUGGCAAAGACCACAUACUUAAGUUACAAAAUAAGAAUAAAAUUAAUAGGGAUGAUAUGCUUAGGUAUUUAUACAAUGAUCGUGAAGUCAAUCCUAGGGUCCUAAUUUAUGAAAGGCUAUACGACAAUUUUCUAACACACAAUUCUGUGUCUAAAUGUGAUGACAAUAGUUACCACUGUGAACUGUGUAAUAAGUAUUUCAAUCGGACUAAUGAGAUUAUCCAUAUUUUGGGCAGGCAGCAUUUUACUAAUCUUUAUAAAAUACCACCUAAAAAGGAUAAAAGUAAUUAUGAAACAGAUGUGAGUAAAAUGUAUCGAGCGAUAAACAAAAAAGCGUAUUUAGAGAUGAAUAAUUGAAAAUAAUAAUGAUAUAAAAGCGAUGUUUCUCGUUAGCGAUAUAGAAGCGAACGCGAAGCGGUGCGGUGACACGCGAAUACAACGCGAUGCGGUGUGACGGCGGCUAUGUCCUACGUGCAUGUGAAUCGUUUCGUUUUGUUUCUGUUUCCGACAUUAUAAACAAACACGUGACGGCACCGCGUCCAGUUCGCGCGACAAUAUCAAGCCAAUUGAUCGCGUUAUAUCGCCGCAUCCCACGUGCGGUUGGUGACGUAGGCCACGUCAAUACAUUUUGACAGUUUAUUGUUAUCGCCCCGCGCCGCAUCACGUCUAGAUUGAUUGGAACAAAAAAAAUAAACCGGGCAAGCUAAACAAAGCUGUACAAUAAGUUCGUAAAACAUCUUAAAAAGAGAAUAAUCAUAACGAUUUCUAAAGUAUAUUACUCGAUAGUUACGCCAUCUAUACUCUUUUUAUGACGUAUGGCAACUUAUGUAAAAAAUCAAACUGUUGUAUGAAAAAUUGUGUUUAAAUAUAAUUUGAUAAGUGAUCUUUUAUUUAAAUAUAAGGUGUUCUAAAAGUAUCUGCCACUGGCUUAAUGGGAGGUAGUGUUGUGUUCGAAGAUUACUAUAGUGAAUUUUUAAUUAUGAGUAUUUAUUUUUUGUCAUAAAAAAAUCUAAGUAUGAUUUUUUUAUGGAAGAGCUAUCUCUUUCACUGUCUCUGUCGCAUCGUGCGUGUUUGUGAACCACUUUAUGCAGAGUAGAGUCAAUGUUUAUUUAACUUCUUUAUGUUCUCAAAUUGAAUUAACUGGUCCGGGGCACGAAAUUUCUUCACUAAUGUAAUCUUCAAACACAACACUACCUCCCAUUAAAGCCGUGGCAGAUAAUUUUAGAACACUGUUUACAUAUUGUUGUUAGCGCGGUCUACUCGUACGAUUAUGGUAUCUCGAAAUAUGGCUCUAAAUAGAUAUCUAUACCUAUGUUAAAUAAUAUAAUCAUUAGAAUUAGACGAUGGAUCUCUGAGAGAUCUUAAAUUAAUUGAUGAUAAUACUAGAAAGCAUGAUGCACGAGAUUCUAUGAAAUCUGGUCCCACCUUGCAAUACCUAUGUGUUUUCCUAGUAUCCACACUACAUGUAUAAAGCACAAAUGCAAUUAUGACAGGAAAAUAGCAUUACUUGUCUACUGAUAAAACUACCAUAUUUAAUAAAGAAUAACUCUGAACGGACUAAGAUUUGGAACUUGGCGCCAUAGUAACUUUUAUACAGCUACAAAUUACCUAUCCAAUGAUGUAACAUACAUAGCUAUUGGAAGUGGGACCAGAAUUUGCAUUGUCCUUUAGAUUUAAGAUGAAUGUUUUUAUCUGGUCUAUUCUAGUCAUACCAUACCGAUAAACUUAAACGCAAAAAGACGUAGCCACUAGCAUUUUUAUCAUUUUAAAGAUCCAUUUAUAACUCCUGUUUGUCGAGCCGGAGCCCCGGUAAACCCGCUAGGUAGUCCGCAGCUCCGGAUCUGUGGUGGUCUGAUGGCUCUUUGAGACGUGGGCGACGCGUCGUACGCACGGGUUAGGUUCUGUUUGGGCUGCGAGCUACCCCUUGCUCGUCGUCCGCAGACACGCACUUACGGUGGUCGGAGAUCGUCACGCCCGGAGUGUCCCUCGCGUCGGCUGUGGCGUGAAGAGGUUCGUUUCCACACGCGCCCCGCCUUCUCCAUAGCUAACAUGACUGCUUCGCAGUAGGAGACGGCAUCCCAGUCCCCCUCGCUCCCGCACCAUGGCCUGAACGAAAGCCGGACGCGAGAGGUCGCCGUAUUUUUCAUUUAUAAAAGAAAUGAAAAAGAAGAAUCGCUAGUAGUUCCGUUUCUUUGCUCCUAAGUAAAUGUAUUAUUCUGUAGUUCCGUGUCUUUGCUCCCAAAUGUAUUAAUCUGUAGUCAUUUUUAAACAAUUUACAAUAUCCAAGAUAUUAUGUUUAAGCUAAUUAUUGUACCUAAUAGCCAUGAAUACAGGUUAUAAACGAAACGCCUAAAACGGGUGAUGGUAAAAAAUUAGUUGUAUUUAAAAAAAUAAUAAUAAGGAAUUCAAUAUUUAUUUUUUGUAAUAAGAGUUGUAAUCAACUGCUUAGGGCUGAUGUUGCAUGAAACACUAAAACAAAAACGAUUAGAAUUAUGAAAACAAAAAAGCUUUGUAGCGUUCUGUUUACACCUUGUAUAAAGUCACACAUGUAUUUUGAAGUGUAGUAGAGGCAUUACUCAGUCAGUCAGUUAGUAGAAGAUAUAGUAUUUCCCAUCUCGGAUUCAAUUCACGGAGUACACAUUACAUACUUUGAAAUUAUUAUUUAGUCACUAGUUUCUAGUCACUAGAGUAUAAAAUUGUGUAUACCAGUAGAUAUUUCUUUCUAAUGUUUUUCUUAUAAAUGGUGUAACGAUGUUAUUAUUUUUCCAUUGCGCUGGUAAUUAUGUCGCUUUUUAUCGUAAAUUAGAAGGUUCUAGUGAUGCAUAUAAUUAUGUACAGUAUGUUAAUUAACAGAGGGCGAUCCUAUCCUUAAACUCGUUUAUCUAUAUCAUUAAUAGAUUAAAAUAAAAAUAUCAGCAUAGAAAAAAAGCAAUGAAUUGCAACGUUGCCUUCCUUCAACUACACGUGCACAGAGUGUUUCUUUUACGUAUCGAUUUAAAAUGUUUGUUGAAUAUUUUAAUAUUAAAAACAAAAUUGUUUUGUUUUUGAAUGCUAAUAUUUUUUAGCAUGUAUGGAUGCUAUACUGUUGCGGGUUAACAGGAAGACCCUCUGUUAGUUAACAUACUGUAUAUCGAUAACGAAUGCAAAUAUUCGUUACAUCACUAGUACCUACCUAUUAUGUUCUCUAGUUGAUAAAGAUAGCCUGUAUUUUUAUCGUGUAUAUGUAGUGUAUAAUAUUAUGUAAAUCAUUUAUUUUUAUUUGUAAAAUAAUUAUUUUGUUAAUAAAGUCAUUUGAUGUCAUACUCUAUAGUUUUAUUUUUUCCUUGGUAGCAACCGAGUCUCCAAUACUAUAUGUUGUCGACUAUACCGCC